AAUUCAGCUACCAAUGAUGCAGAAGAAAUUCGGUUCCAUUAUCUGCGUCGCAGUCCUGUUGGUAGGGCUGGGACUGACGAUCGUCGUUGGACAUGCAGCUGCCGGCGGCGAUGAAGAUGAUAGCACAAACAAUAUGGUUAACGCGACCCAAACUGAUGCGCAAACGUUGAACAGUUGCAACGGUACGCAGACAGUCACUUCCGACACAGGGCCCAACAGCGGCCCCUGUCCCGGGGGCGGAACGCAUUCAACGCAUCAGGCGCGGCUGAGAGGCAAAUUAAAUAAUACGACGUGCGUGAAUGCGUUCUGCGGUGUGAACGAUGGUGACCGUCCAGUGGACAGUUCGGAAGAGAUGGAUGACGAUGUGAUUAACGCCACCGUUAGCAAGGGCAGCCACUCCCAUCAGCAUCAGCAUCGAUCGCAUCUGCUUCCAUCGCCGGUCGGGAUACUGGUAAGCGCGGACGAGGAAGCUGUCGACGCGGCACUCGAGUACGGUGGCAAGAAGGUGGUGCUGAAGGCGGAAGUGCUCAAGCAUACUUCCGUUCUGUACGGUCUCAUCUCGAUCGCCGAGCGGGACGAACUUUCGGAGCGGUGCUAUCGUGAGCUGCAGCGCGUGUACCAUGGCAUCCAGCAGAAGGAGAUCUGGGCGAUGAAAGUGCUGGACGCAUCCGGGAGCCAGGAAUCGGGUUUUAUGUGGGGUCACAAUCACUGGAUCGGUUCCGAAAAGGGUUGCGAAUCGACACGUACGCCACUUUCGAUCACGCUAUCCGAUCGGUAUCGGCGCAACAUGAAGCGUAAUCUGGUGACUGCCCUAGCGCCGUUUGAACUGGACUAUCGGAUCGUGUUUGCCAAGCAUCAGUCAGCGUGGCAGGUGGACGUAAAGUUCCAGAGCGAGAACAUUCUCCACAUCGGUGUGUGCAUUCCGCGAUCAUGCACGAACGAUGAGUUGCACAAUCUGACGGCGCGGUACUUCGACGAGAACCUGGUCCUGGCGCAAGACAUCUACGAGUUCAAACCGAACGUGCUGCACGUGAAGAACACCACGCUCGAUCGAGCUUUCUGGUUAAAGCCGAGCAUUUUCAUCAUCGGACUCUCACUCGCCUUCACCUUGCUGAUGGUCUACAUGGCGCAUAGCCGAGAACAACGGUUAUUAGAGGAAAAGAACAAUAAUCAUCCGUCCGGCUCAACCACUGCUCCGGCAACUGCAGCGUCUACCAAUGGCGAUCUGGCAGAAGAAACCACUUUCCUCGAUCGAGUGAUCGAUAGCUUCAAUGUGCGCAAGAACUUGAACACAAUUUUUCGUACAGAUACUGGCCCGCAAUCGCUGCCAGUGAUUUGCGGGAUGAAGUCAAUUUGCUGCUUCCUGAUUCUGUGCUUCCACAUGCAAUGGUACACGUUCUACACCGUGCACAAUCCAUCGGUGAUGCUCCAUUAUGCUGAGCAGAUUCGGUUCCAGCUGGUCAGCAAUGCGCCCCUGCUGGUGGACGUCUUUUUCGCCAUCAGUGGCUUUCUGCUGAGUUACAACUUCAUCCGCAACCGGUCCAAAGUGCAGGAGGUCAAGGCGAAUACGCUGUGGGAAAAUGGCAAGUUGUAUGGCAAGAUGCUGUUGCAUCGCUACCUCCGCCUUUCGCCAAUGUACCUGUUCGUGACGGUUUUGGGCGAGCUGACGCACAGCUACAUCGUGGAGACGUCCAAGUUUUGGGUGCACGAGCGAUCGGAUCUCGGAUGUCAGCGGUACUGGUGGCGCAAUCUAUUUUACAUACAGAACCUCUACCCCGUGGACGACUUCUGCCUCAGCUGGACCUGGUCUUUGGCCUGCGAGAUGCAGUACUACAUGCUCUUCACCAUCCUGCUCUUUGUCUACGCCAAGAGCUCAAAGUUCGGCAAAAAGAUGUUUGGUGUGUUCGCAAUAGGCACGUUGCUCUUCAACAUUGGGCUGACGCUGAACUAUCGCUUCAUUCCGUCGUACGACGUGCUGUACAACACGGGUGAUGCUCUGUACACUGCGCCCUGGUCUCGAGUGUCUCCGUACGUGGUCGGGGUCUACUUUGGAUGGCUGAUGGCGUCGUCUCGCGACAAGUUCACCAUCACACAGAACCAAUAUCGAUGGUACUGGCUGUUGGCCUGCUUCUGCGUGAUAUUCAGCAUGCACUCCACGAUCAAGCGCAACUUCCCGUUUCCGAUCGCCUCGACCGUCAUGGUGGCUGUACGGUGGCUGAUCUCGUGGGCUGCUUGCUGGGUGAUUCUAGCCACCGGAUGCGGUUACUCAAAUCUUGUAACGCGAGUGCUUUCUUCUAAAUUUUUUGUUCACAUCAACAAGCUGACGUACGGGAUCUAUCUGUUGAAUCCCUUAAUAAUCAUCGUCACCUUUGGAGUGUCAGAUUCCAGUGCCCAUGCCGACCCUAUACCAGCGAUCGUUAUGGCGUUCGGCGUAACAUUGCUUUCCUACAUGGCAGCGAUCGUCUUUUCCGCCUUCUUUGAGAUACCCUAUUGCAGAAUCUCCAACGAGAUCCUGAAGCUCAAUCGGAAGGUUCCCAUAAUCACGCAUCCUUCUCCCACCUCUACCAGUGGGCCCAAUCACCCUUCGUUUCCCCCCGUGAUCGCGAGUGAACAGAAGAUAAAAUGA